UCGUUUGCACUAAUGUUAUGCAGCAACUGACAGUGUAUUUGCCAAGUCCAAUUUUGGUUGCGAUACAAUCAUUUAUGAAUCAUUAUCUAUGGCAACUAAACAAUUUCAGUUCUGUGAUGUUUUACACUACACCACAGCCGUUUUUACUAACUAAAACUGUUGCAUUUCUUAAUUCAACAGCUUCUACAAAAGUAUCCAUUCAUAAACAGGCAACAUCUGAACCCUCCCAUUUACCAGCUGCGUUUGAUAACUCUUUCCUCGAAGGUUCGUCUUUGUCCUGAUAAAUCGAUGAAUUUCAAGCUUGCAAUCCUUCAUCCUCAGCUCGCUACGUUCCAAUAUCCCUUCGACCUAGUCUACAAAUACGAACUCAAUCAAAGCCCCCAAAAUACUAAGCUGGUUCGUGAGUUGUACAGUGGCAAGAGCCAUGUUGAUGAACUUGUGGCACGCAUUCGUAGGGCAUAUCCGAAAAGUCUGACACUUCCAAUGGGCAGGAAGUUGAAUGAAAGUGAACUAGACGACCAAGCGAAGACGUUACUUACUACGGUCCAACAUCUCACGCAUGUGGCUCCCACUCCUGCUAAUGUCAAGAUCUACCGAAACUUUGUCAUCGUCAACGUGUUUAUAGAAGCCAUCCGAAUGAUAGAUCCCUGUAUCCCAUGAAUGGAUGAUUACAACCAAACGGCAGCACAAAAAAUGACACAAGAAAUUGCUUCGACUUAAAGACGUUUGUCAUAUAAAACUGCAGGAUUUUCGGAUCUCUUCUGAUGUAUCGGGCAUAGUGUAUUUCUCUUAAUACAGCAUAUUUAGAUGUCACAGUUACCGGAUUAUUAACACUGGCAAAACUUGCAGGCUGAUGCAUGUGGCUUUGGCAAAUACUAAUUUUAGAUGAAAGUGCUUCAGUGCUUCAAAGGGGGUAAGACUAUCUAGUUUUCGCUGUAGCACAAGCACCAGCAUAAGAAUCAAAGCAACUUCAGUUCCUUUGCAGAUGGGAGAAAAGACAACUGGCUUUAGUUAUGACCAAUGAAUUGUUUCUGUGCAUGUUACCAAAUUAUUCUUGUGCUUGUGUUCCAAGUGAAAACUGGACAAAAUAGCUCAUUGUAGUUCAUUUUUAAAAAUAAUUUUAUGCAAUUGUAUGCAACACUAAAAAACUAGUUCAUUUCUUAGAAAAGACCGUAAACAGUCGACCACUCCCCUCUCUUUCCCUUGGUCAUUGUUCGAUAUUUGUAUUUUCCUUUCGCCACUUUCCACGCCCCUCCCCUGGGGAUAUUAGACUAGCUAUAGUAAUCCUCACUCGGCCAAAUCAACCAAAGCAAAUACCAAGCAAUGAGUCAGCGCCAAGGGAAAUAUAGGGACUGUUCGCAGUCUAGUCUACGAAUAUUAGGAUGCACCUAUCCCCAAAAAGGAUCCAUUUUUUGAGUCAAAUGAGAUUGGAGAUUGAAGAACGAAUAACAAAAAGUGCUAAAAAUGGCUUUACCCUGAAUUCAAUCAUUCCCAGAGGAGUGAAAUAACAAAAAAAAAAAAAAAAAAA